UUGAGGGCCUGCGAACAGUGUGGGUGGCCCGGGAAACGUGACCCGAUAAGCGUCGUCGCCUAGUGUGCGCCCCCGCGGAUAGCGGGCCCAAUAAAGCCGCCGCUCAGCUGCCCGGCCAUCGUGGUCGCGUGCUCGCAUCAUCCCCGUUCCGCACUGCCAUGCCUUCGCCGCGGAGAAGCUUUUUCGUUAGGAACCUCCUGCGUCAGCACACCAGAAUGUCCACUGACACGACCCUGGUGGAAAAGUUCGAGGGCUGCCUAGUGGGCGCGCUGCUGGGCGACUGCGUGGGUGCCCCGUUCGAGACGGAUUUCACGGGCAGUAACUUUCCGUCGCAGCAGACCUUCUUCCAGAAUCUGCUGAAACACGCCGUAGUGCCUGGUCCCAGCGCUGGCCGGAACUUCCGCCCUUCCAAAGUUCACCCUGGCCAUGGCGAGUACCACUACACAGACGACACCGCGAUGACGAUGUGCCUGGCUAAGUCACUACUUGCCAAGCGCCGCUUCGAUGCCUUCGAUUUGGCGAAAAGAUUCACGACUGAGUACUUCGAGAACGAGGCUCUCGUCGGCGAGUACGGAAAUGCGGUUCGGGACGUGUUUCGCAAGCUGAAGAACAUAAACUACGAGGACCCGUACAAGCCUGGCCAGGAGCAGUUUGGCGGACGUGGCUCGUAUGGGAACGGCGCUGCGAUGCGCGUGGCGCCGGUCGCGUUGUUCUUCAUGGAUGACCUGGAGAAGAUGGUCGAGGCGGCGAGAAACCAGGCCAAGAUCACGCACAGCAACAAGAUAGGCUACAACGCGGCCAUCAUGCAGUGCAUGGCUGUAUAUCUUGCGCUGAAGAGUGAUCCUAAGACCCCGCUGGACCCCGUGGUGUUCAUCGACCACCUCAUAGCCUUAAUGGACAAGCUUGAAGAGGCCAUUGAUGGAUUCAAGCCGUUGGUAUUCAAGUUAAUGCACAUAAAAAAGAUACUGUCCAAUCCAGAGCUUGAUCCUACACCAGCGGAAGUGGCCAAAACGCUGGGAAACAACAUCACAGCGCAAGGAUCUGUGCCCACGGCAAUCUACAGCUUUUUGAGAUCACAGAGAACCUUGAAAGACUUCGAGCACGAGAGCCCGUUCGUGCGCUGCCUGUACUUCGCGGUGGCGUGCGGCGGCGACGCGGACACCAUCGCGUCCAUGGCAUGCAGCAUAUCGGGCGCCUUCCACGGCAUCUCGGCCAUUCCGAGCGUGCUCCAGCGCCAGUGCCAGGCCAUCGACGAGGUGACGCGGAUAGCAGACGGUCUCGAGGAAGCGGUGUCCAAGUGACCCUCGCUACACCGGCGCCGGCCGCCACUUAUUUAUGUAUGGAACGCGCGCCGAGCAGCAAGCAGUCUACCGCCUGGUGGUGGCGCGGGUUUUCCACGCCCGUCUCUCCCGUGCCGGCACUUGCUAGAGCAGCCGGGCUGUCGCGCUUCUCGAUGCUUGCCUUGAUCUGGAUGUAUAAAUGAUGAAUGGAGGAGUAAUGAGUUUUAUUAUAUGUUGUAUUGUGUUGCAAUCAGCGCCACUCGCUCGUCUUGUUUUAUUGCCUUGUAUUGAGUAAAAAAUUAGAAACGCUCUGG